AUGUUAAUUCUCGAAGAAGGACCUGAAGACGAGACUGGGAUGCCCACGAUACAUAUGCGUCCGGGGAGUAACUUGUUCUGGGCCGCAACUGGCCCUAUAGAGCUCAUCGAGCAUCUCGUGUUGGAGCUGGGCGUUCCUGUCACAGUGACCGAUCCCAUGAUGGGAUACUCUCCUCUGCACUUUGCCGCCGAAAUGGGAAAAGAGGAGAACGUACGAUGGUUCCUUGACCAUGGAGCGCCGUGGAACAUGGCAAAUCAUUAUUCAGUCACUCCUGGUGAGCUGGCUCUCGAGGACGGAUUUCCUCGAUGUUAUGAAAUCAUUUUCGAAGGUGGCGUUCGCUCGGAGUACGAGUUUUGGAGGCUGAGAGACAAGUCGUCGGCAAGAGGGGAAUUUGGGCAACAUCUCAAGGGAAAUAUGAGAGGACAAGCCUACUACGUCAACAACUACGAAUACCUGAGCACCCCAGUAAGCUUCCUCAAUCCGCGUCCUGAGAUUCCAGAUGAUUUUGCCAUGGUCGUGGACGGUAUGACGGGUGUAAUGAUGGAAUGGGAGCGCCCGCUGAUGAAAGAAACGGCCCGUCUUCUCUGUGAAGAUAUGGGGAAGGGAAAGAAUAUCUUGAACGUGGGAUUCGGACUCGGGAUUAUAGACUCCUACUUCCAAUCUUAUGAGCCGGGAAACCACACCAUCAUUGAGGCUCAUCCUCGAUGUCUCAAGUACAUGCGCGAGAAUGGCUGGUACGACAAGCCGAACGUCCGCAUCCUCGCCGGGUCCUGGGAUAAGUUCAUCGGCCCCGACGCCUCGUUCGAAGGCUUGGGUACCUUCGAUGUCAUCUACUUCGACACCUUCCAGGAAGGCUACCCAGGACAUCUCAGAUUUUUGCGAUGCGUGCCAGAGCUACUGUCGGGUCCUUCCGCUCUCUUCUCGUUCUUUCACGGUCACUGUCGCAGGUGGAAGAUGGGGUACGAGGUGUAUGCAGAAGUCGCUCGAUGGCAUGCGAAUGAUUACGGGAUCAGUACAACAUGGACAGACUUUCAGAUCGACCCUGCAACUAUCUGGGAAUCUUUCUCGAAGAAACCGCGGGGUGAUAUUUCCCAUCCGUUCAAGAUCCCGAUAUGCAGGCUGGCUCCAACGACACCGAGACACACCGCUAACGCAUGGUUUGGCAAGAACUUGGAAAAUGAAGAGAGCACUACUGAAAAAUGA